AUGCCCUCCCUCACUUUGACAGACCCGGACAUGAUCCUGCCAUUCGAUAGCAAACGCGAAUCCCAAACUCCCUCCCCACCCCAAAUCGCCUACUUGUCGAAUCUCAACUCCCGCCAAUACGACAAUGCCCCCGCCAUGUCCCGACAGAAGAAAAAUUUUUCUCGCCAUGCCUGGACCCACGACGAUGUAAAUGUGAGUCGGCGAUUAUCGGAUAUUGGCGAGGAGCUAUCACCCGCUAGGUCGGAGAGUUUCGACACGGACUCAGGCGACUAUGCAGAAUCGAAGCAGGACCAAGAUGGCCUGAACCGUGAAAAUGCUACGUACAGUAGCUCUAGUUCCACGAUUAGUGCGGGGAGUCGUCGCGCUUCUGCAUCGACAGAGGUUCCUGAGCAGCGCGAGCGCGACAGCACGCCUGUUGACCCCGAGAUCGCGAGAGCGCAGGCUACCGCCGUGGUCGGCUCUGUUGGUCUCUCGUCUCUGCCGGCUAGCAGCGCAGUGGCGUCUGCAGCCGCAGAGGGUAAGGGGCCCGGCGAGGAAUUUUCUUCUGCCAUCCUGAGCAGCGAGGCAGAACGGAUUUUGGAAAACGCGAAGAAGAGACUCAAUCUCAUGGAAGGAAACCUUACACGCGCUAGGUCCACGACACGCAUGACACCCUCUCCCUCGUCCUCGAACGCGAGCUAUAUCCAGCCAUUAGGCAAGCAGCAACCGGUCGGCGGCCUAUAUCGAUCGAUCGCGAAAACGGAACCGAAGAAUUCAUCGUUGAGACGACAGUCGCUCAUCGCGUCGCAGGAUACGACCAAUAAUCGCCAUUCGAGGGUUCACUCUGAAACGAAUAUUUCGUCUGGAUCGAGUUUAUCGAACGAUACAAAGCGCAUGUCGCGCUCGGUCAGUGCCAUGGGCGCGAGUAGCUACUCGAAGCUUCACACCGAUGAUCGGUCGUUCCAUUAUGAGCCCACCAGGGCAUAUCUCACGCACCGCUCGUCGAUAUCCUCUAUAAAACCUCCGAUACAGGUGGUGGAGCAAGAAACCCAGGAUCAGACGCAGUCUCCUAUUUCCACCCCAGAUAGUUCCUUGGAUUCUCCCCAAGGCUUGGGAAUUUCGUCGGAUGAGGGUUCCAAAUCUAGUCCCGAUAGGUUCAGCCCAGUCUACAGCUCGUAUGGACCCCCUAGCCGUGCGCAAUCGCAGCUGCAAGUCCGCGAUCUCCAGUACCAGAUGAAAGGUCUCCAUAUCAAAAUCUCUUCCCUCAAGGUGAAGACCCAGGAGGACAACCUUCGCCGGCGCAGUCUACAAAGCUUGCGCACUCCUAGUCCUUUGACCGCCGCUGAUCACUGGUAUGCCAAUGCGUUGGAGCUAAGAGAUGGUCGGAGCAGCCGAGGCUCUAAUCCUCGACGCGAUACCAGCUCUGAAUAUGCCCGUGAUGCCUCAAACGGACCGGCAGCAAAAGAACGUUCUGACUCGGACGAAAAUAUCGCCGGCAACUCAUACAGACCUACCCGUAAUGGGCAGAACAAUGAGUUUGCCGAAUAUGACGACAGCCAAUCUGUUACCGAGAGCAUGUAUGAGGAUGCCGAGGAAGGCGAAUAUGACGAGAUCGACCGAAAAGCCCUGGAUGAGAUCUUGCGAGAACCCCUCGACGAGGACUUGGAAAGCGACACUGAAGCCUUCCCUGACAUGAUAUCACAGGACACGACCCCCCACGAAAUGCGUGAAGACGCUUUCGACUAUGAGCAUUUCAUCUUGCACAGUGCACUAGGCAAUUACACCCAACAAUUGCGUCGUGUGAGCAACAGCUCGAACGGAUCGGUUGAGACAACUCGGCCCGCAUACACAGCACGACACUCCCGCACCAACAGUGCCAUGUCCGACUCAACAGUAGCCACCUUCGCAACCGCAACCGAAGGCCGACGCGACGACGAGGACGACAUCGAUAGCGUAAUGUACUGGGACCGACGCUUCAAUCACGGUUCGCCCCCACAAUCCCCAUCCCCUGGACCACACCCCGCUAAUCCCCGGACAGAGUUGCGACACGGCCAUUCCCACAGUCAUUCUCGAUCCCAUUCUAACUCCCAUGCCCACUCCCACGCUCACAGCCACCAACCCAGCCCCAUCCAAGAAAUGGAGGUCGAAGGCGAGGGUGAUCGAUCUGUAACACCGAGUGGGUCACGCGAGAACGGCGUUGCUACCCGGGUGGGCAUGACUUCAUCCCCGCAAAAGACAACCGGCCCGUCAUCCUCUGCUGCGGCUGGCUCUGCAACGCCGACCUCCCUCGUUUCGUCGCUCGUUUCGACCGUGCGCGCUGCGUCUAGCACGCCCAGCGUGGGCAUCAACGAUGAUGACACCCAGAUGCUGGAGGCGCUCUUCAGCAGCCUGGGUACUGUCUGUACCGAUCUGCAGGCCAUCACGAGUUCCUCGGAUCCAGAUACAAAGGCUGCGCGUGUGCUUCGGCGCCGUCUGGACGCCGCACGGAGAGUACUGGAGGGAGAGCUCGAUGCUUGA